AGAAGAAGAAGAAGAAGAAGAAGAACAACAACAACAACAACAACAACAACAACAAGAAAGACAGUCUGCCUCCUCCAGGAGAUUCACCCAGGCUCAGCUAAGUAAGGAUGAGAAGCAGGCAUUGAGACUGAAGACAUUUCUGUUUCAGGUGACCCUUCCCUAUUGAAGACAAAAUGUGGCCCAUUGAUGCACUCAUUCAUCAGCCAAUCAAGUUCUGAGCAGCCAGCACCAGACUGGUCCAGCUGAGUCCAUGCUGGGCUCACGGUUCAGAAAAGCAGAUGCAAAUGUAGUUUCUUGCCCUGCGGGAAGUUAACCUUUGCUAGAAAGGGCUAGUCUACCCAAGUGACUUCCGGCUCACAGACAAGGAGAAAAGCAGCAUCUGCUACCUGGCGUUUCCAGACUCCCACUCAGGGUGCCUAGGAGACACUCAGUUCAGUUUCCGCAUGCGUCAGUGUGGAGGGCAAAGGAGCCUCUGGCAUGUUGACGAUAGGUCAUAUAACAACAAGGCCCCCUUGGCAUUGCAGAGGGAGCCAGCGCACUACCUGGGCUAUGUGUACUUCAGACAGGUGAAGGACAGCUCUGUGAAGAGGGGCUACUUCCAGAAGUCUUUAGUGCUGGUCUCCCGCCUGCCUUUUGUCCGGCUGUUUCAGUCGCUCCUGAGCCUGAUUGCCCCUGAAUACUUUGAGAAGCUGGCACCCUGCCUAGAAGCAGUUUGUAAUGAGAUUGACCAAUGGCCAGCCCCAGUGCCUGGGCAGACCCUGAACCUACCUAUCAUGGGAGUCGUCAUUCAGGUUCGCAUCCCAUCCAGAGUGGACAAGCUGGAAUCCCCUCCAAAGCAGUGUGACCAAGAGAACCUGCUGCCAGCUCCAGUUGUCCUCACUAGUGUCCAUGAAUUGGAUCUGUUUAGGUGCUUCCGACCAGUUCUAACCCACGUGCAGACCCUGUGGGAGCUCAUGCUUCUUGGGGAGCCCCUAGUGGUCCUGGCACCCUCACCUGACGUGUCUUCAGAGCUGGUACUAGCCCUAACCAGCUGCCUACAGCCCCUGAAGUUCUGCUGUGACUUCCGUCCCUACUUCACCAUUCACGACAGUGAGUUCAAGGAGCUCACAACGCGAACGCAGGCUCCACCAAACGUGGUCCUGGGAGUCACAAACCCUUUCUUUAUCAAAACACUCCAGCACUGGCCUCAUGUCCUACGAAUUGGGGAGCCUAAGAUGUCAGGGGACCUACCUAAGCAAGUCAAGCUUAAAAAACCCUCACGGCUGAAGACCCUUGACACCAAGCCAGGCCUCUACACCUCAUAUACUGCCCACCUCCACCGGGACAAAGCACUGCUUAAACGACUGCUCAAGGGUGUACAGAAGAAGCGGCCAUGGGAUGUUCAAAGUGCCCUGCUGAGGCGGCACCUUCUAGAGCUCACACAGAGUUUCAUCAUCCCUCUGGAGCACUACAUGGCCAGUCUCAUGCCACUACAGAAGAACAUCACACCUUGGAAGAGCCCCCCCCAGAUAUGCCCCUUCCGCCAGGACGAUUUCCUGCGAAGCCUGGAGCAUGCAGGACCCCAGCUCACCUGCAUCCUCAAAGGCGACUGGCUGGGCCUCUACAGGCGGUUUUUCAAGUCCCCCCAUUUUGAUGGCUGGUAUCGGCAACGACACAAAGAGAUGGCCCAGAAGCUGGAGGUUCUGCACCUGGAAGCUAUUUGUGAGGCGAACAUCGAGGCUUGGAUGAAGGACAAAUCGGAGGUGGAAGUGGUUGACCUGGUCCUGAAACUUCGGGAAAAGCUGGUACGGGCACAGAGCCACCAGCUCCCUGUGAAGGAGGUGACACUGCAGCAGGCUCAGCUGUACAUUGAUACAGUUAUUGGCUCCCUGCCCAAGGACCUGCAAGCAGUCCUGUGCCCUCCCUAGGACAGGGCCAACUUGUGUGGUCCUGGGGACCUAAGUCUGCCAAGUUCCCUCUCCUUUGAAAGGCAGGCCUCCACCAAGCUGGAGCUCCCAGCUUUGGGCUCCUACCUCAGCUUCAGCCCCCUCCCAGAACCACCCUUGUCCCAAGCAGUAAAAUGACAUUUGGAAUGACA